UUGACGGCUAAAGUCAAAUGAUGUGAAUUUUACAUUUCAAAACAUUGUUUAUUUAUUUUACUAUCGAAUUAUGCAAGAGCAAAAUAAUGAAAACGAAAUACUACUGCCACACCAUGAGCAACAGUCUCUAUGUACCACUCGCCUCCCCUACAGGCAAGGAAGAAAACUUACAGCAGUCAAGGUAUACUCAAUAUGCAAGGAAUCCAACCAUCUGUUAAUAUUUGGAGUACCCUCGCUAAACCUCCGUCAAGAGAUCAAAGCGUUAUUUAUCAAGUUUGGAAAGCUUUUACAAUUUAAUAUAUCAAAAGAACAUGCAGCCGAAUCAUUCACGGAAACCUAUCAUGCUCAGUACGAACGAAUCCAAUCAGCAAGACACGCAAAACGAAUGCUUGAUACAAAGAACUUUUACGGCGGUCUGUUGCACGUGUGUUAUGCUCCUGAACUUGAGGAUAUUAACGAAACCAGGCAAAAGUUGAUGCAAAGGCAGCGUGAUGUAAUUUUUCGAUUGAAAAAUUUAAAUGAUGAGCAAAAGAAUCCUAUAACAGCUUCUUCUACCACAGAAAUACCUACGAUAGAUGUUUUAAAUAACGAAAAAGCUACAUCUGAAAAUAUGAACGCAAUAAAACUUGUAAAACUUAACAUGGGUGAUAUUAAUACUAUAUAUAACGGUACAAAAGUAAAAUCGUUCAGUAAGAAACGGACAUUAAACAAUAAGAUAUUCCAACCGUGUUUUGUAGAUAAUAAAGUAAGAAAAACUCAUGAUAGUAACAUAAGCAGUGACAAUAUAUCAGGAAACAAUGAUGUUACAAUUAGUAAUUCAGAAGUUAAAUGUGGUCAAGAAUAUAAUGUUGCCAUAGGUAAUAUUUCUGGGGGUAAUACCAGUGGUUUAACAGAAAAUAAUAUAAAAAACAGUAAUCAGAAUAUAGAAGUUAUAGAUUGCACAGGGGUAGAUGAUGAAGUUGUUACAAAUAUUAACGAAUGUCUCAAUUAUAACAACUUUGGUAGUGAAGUCAUUAGAAAAAUUCCAAAAAAACCUGUAAAUAAAAUACAAUUUCAUAUAAAUAAACAAUCAUAGCAUAUU